AAAUGGAAGUUUAAAGUGAAUAUAAAACGCGUUCUAAAACAACCAUUUUUCAUUACGCUGACUUCUUGUGCUGUUUUCUUAUAUAUACGUCAUAUAUUACGAUCGCUUUCGUGCUUAGUUACAGCAUUUAGGCGCAGAGAAAAACAUAAAAUUUAUAGCUAAAAUUAAUUAAUUAGUUCAAAAUAAAGGUAAUUAUUAUUAGCACGGAAAAAUGACUGGAAGCAGAAACUGUAAACUUGGCUUCUUUAUUGGAUAUGCAUUUUCAUGCAUGUUAUUUUUGUGUUAUCUCUCGACAACCACAGAAAACAACUACCAAAAACUGGUUUAUCAACAUGCUCGUAUGCAUCCUGAUCUCACAAUAGCAAUUGACCGGUCAACAGUAAACAAGUCUCUGGAUAUCAUCAAGCUCAAAACCACCUCAGAGCUGGCAAAACUGGUUCUAUAUAACUGCAAAUUGACUCAAUACUUCAGAGAAAACUUUGGCCAGACAAACGCCACGUUGGACGAUAAACAAUUCACAAAUGCAGUUGAGAAAAUUGCACCGGAAGCAAGAAAGAAGAGACCUGGCGUCUACUAUCGAAAAGAAAAUACAUAUUACUCAUAUUGCUUGAACUUCAAGUGUGCCAGUAAUUUUUUAAUCUCUCUACUCUACCAGGAAAAGACAGUUCCCCCGAAAAACCAUAUUGUCAGUGCCUUCAUGGUCAUCAGGGAACCCAUGCACAUACUUCUCUCCGCCUACUUGAAUAAACUGUACAUAUUCAGAGAUCAAACGCAAUUCGAUCUUUUCACGCCCUUGGCAGAAAACAUUGCAAUUUACGUGAAACGCAGUCACAAGACCUCGUCCAAUCUCUACACCCAACCACUCACUUCGGCACGACCUGGAAAUAUUAGUUUUCCAGACUUCGUCGAUUAUGUAAUCCACAUGUAUCUUGUGAACAACGGCAAAAUUGCUAGUUCUGAAGUUCCGACGGAGGUCAGCUUCAAGGACGUGUCCACUUACACAGUUUGGCUACAUUGGGGAUCACAAGUAGCUGAUAGAUGCCUAGUCUGCGCGCAAGUCUUUCAAGACAUCAUCAUGUUUGAGAACUUUGAACAACACCUAAAACAAGUGCACCGAAAGUAUGCUCCAAUGCUCUUCAAAAACAAAACACAUCUUCCCGAGAUUAUUGAGAGCCAAACGACUUUGGAGUUGAAACGUUUUUACGACCAACUGACCGACUCGCAGUUGUCAUUUCUAGGCAAUGUCAUGUAUAAAUUGGACUACACUAUACUGCCUUAUAAUUGGAACGAGUUCUUGCAAUCGAUCGGACGUGAACAUGUUAUGAACUAUAUCUUUUAAACCAUGCGCUGUGAUUGAAAGAGGCUGAUCAAGAGAACUGAUCAACAUUUUUUUUUCAUAUCAGUUUAUGUAUAAUUUUCUGUUUUUUUUUUAAAAUUUGUUACAAAAUUUUAUGAAUAUCAAAAAAGCGAUCUAGCGAGAAAAAGCUAGAUAAUAUCUGUUUUUGGCACCAAAAUUUUGCGGCAAAAGGCAAUUUGGCAGCGCUAUGUGUACUAACUCUAGGUAGUUGGGCCAUAAAAAAUCAGUCAAAGCUGUUUUUCUCCAACAAACAAAUGGGCUGCAGAAAAAAUACAAGUUGCCGGCUGCUAGAGUGAUAAGUAAUAGUCGGGUUAAAAGAAAUUGCCGGGUGAAAGGUUGGUUGCAAGGAAAUACGCAAAUGAAAAGGUUCUUGCUGCUCCAAAAAAAAAAACAAAUUUGACUGGCGAAAAAAGUGAAAACUUUUUCUUUUUCGAUUAUAACUUGUCAAAAAUCUUAGAGCCACCACGUGUACCCUUUGCGCAGUUUUUUAUUGCAGAUUUUUGAUUGAAACAACUUUUUUGCUGUACAUGAUUAAUUGAAUUCAUCAAUUCGCACCUACCUCAUGACUUUAUCAAGAAAUCUUUCUGUAUAUA